UAGAGUAGUAGUGUUUUCAUUCUUGGUGCACGUGUGUUGUUUUCAAGUGAGAAAUUAUAUAUGACUAUGACACCAAAUUAAGGGUUCAGUUUUUUGUCUUUCUUUUAAUUACAGUGUAACAUACAAUAGAUAUAAAUUGGGUUUACGUAACUUAUUUUUUAGUUAAAGUUUUUACUUUUGGUUCAUAUUGUAACUUAUAAGUAAACUUGAUAUAGUUAAGCCUUAACUAACUCUCAGUGGAUUUAUUCUAAAAGUUAGCAGUACGACUACUAUAGUAGUACCAUUACUGCUAGUACCAACAUGAAGAAGAGACUCAAUAAUCAGUUGCCAAACAACCUUCCUCAGCUGCAGAACUUGAUAAAACGAGAUCCAGCGUCUUACAAGGAUGAAUUUCUUCAGCAAUAUCGCCAUUACCACUCCUUGAUUCAAGUUUUUCAGUUGAAACCCUCAGAAUAUAAACAAAGUCUGGAUGAUGUAGUGAUGUUCAUAGCUCAGAUUAGUCACUGUUAUUCAGAAGAGCUUGUAGACUUUCCUCAAGAACUUGUUGAACUUCUGCAGAGACAUCAUACUGUGUUAGAACCAAGGAUGAGAAUGACUUUCUGUCGUGCUCUUAUACUGUUAAGGAGUAAAUCAUUACUGGGACCAUCAGAUCUGUUAAGUCUUUUCUUCCAGCUGCUUCGAUGUCAAGAUAAACAGCUUAGGAAAUUUUUGCAGUCAUACAUUGCAGACAUCAAAAAUCUAAAUGCUAAACAUAAAAAUGCCAAGUUGAACACGACUUUACAGAACUUUAUGUUCAGUAUGCUGAAAGACCAGAAUGCCAUUGCUGUUAAGAUGUCUCUUGAUAUAAUGAUUGACUUGUACAAGAAAAACAUAUGGAAUGAUACAAAAACAGUGAAUGUUAUUGCUACAGCUUGUUUUUCAAAGAUUGUAAAGGUUAUGGUAGCAGCUCUUCAGUUUUUUUUAGGAAGAGAUGAAGAUGUGCAAGUAAACAGUGAUGAAAGUGAUACAGAGGAUGAGACACCAACUUUCAGGGAAGUAGCAAUGUCGAAUAAAUUCAACAAAAAGUCAAGAAAAAGAAAAAAGCUGUUAGAAAAAACAAAACAAGUAGUACAGAAAUCAAAAAACAAGAAAAAAGCUCCAAAUUUUAACUUUUCAGCUAUUCAUCUGAUUCAUGACCCACAAGGUAUGGCAGAAAAAUUGCUCAAGUCCUUAGAAACAAUGAAUGAAAGAUAUGAAGUAAAGCUAAUGGUGAUGAACCUGGUUUCACGUCUUGUUGGGACUCAUGAGCUCAUACUCUUGAACUUCUAUCCUUUACUACAACGUUUUGUUCAACCACAUCAACGAGAUGUCACACGAAUUUUACAGUAUAGUGCCCAAGCUGCACAUGAACAAGUGCCCCCUGAUACUUUGGAACCAUUGCUUAAAACCAUAGCUAAUAACUUUAUUACAGAAAGAAAUUCAUCAGAAGUAAUGGCUGUAGGCCUGAAUGCUAUCAGGGAGAUUUGUGCAAGAUGUCCAUUGGCUAUGGGUGAAGAUUUACUCCAAGAUCUGGUCCAGUACAAGUCUUACAAAGAUAAAUCUGUGAUGAUGGCAGCUAGGUCUCUCCUUCAGCUUUAUAGAAGUGUUAACCCAGGACUACUGCUGAAGAAAGACAGGGGCCGUCCUACUGAAGCGAUUAAAGAGCUGAAAGUAAGAAAAUAUGGAGAACUUUCAGCCCUUGAUUAUUUACCAGGUGCUGAAGUUUUACCAGAAGAAGGAGAGGAUGAAGGUUUGGAAAUAAAUGAAGAAAACAAAGAAGAAGAAGACAGUGAUGGUAGUUGGAUUGAUGUAUGCCAUUCUUCAGAUGAAGAAGGUCUUGAUGAAAAAGGAGAUGAAAUUGAGGAAAAGUGUGCUUCUGGAAAGAGUGGUACCCCUGUGGAAGCUAAAGAUAAUAUUAGUAAAGCAACAGACAUUUCUCAGUCCCGAAUUCUCAGUCAAGAAGAUUUCCGAAAGCUCCAUAUAGCGCAGUUAGCAAAACAUAUAACACCAACAAAGGGCAAAAAAUCUUCAGAAAAAAGAAAAUCCACUGCAGUUGAUGAACAUGACAGUGGAAUUGUUAGUUCUAGAAAAGAACUUGUGUCACUUGGUGAUAUUGAGCGUAUUCACAAAAGACCAAGACAUGAUAGAGAAUCAAGACUUGCGACUGUCAUGAGUGGCAGGGAAGGACGAGAAAAGUUUGGUAGAAAGAACACUAAAAAUCCUCUUGCUGGAAAGACCCAGAAAGAACACAACAGAAAUAAAGCCUUCAUGAUGGUUAAGUAUAAAGUAAAAGGCAAAAGUAAACGUUCCUUCAGAGAGAAACAGAUAGCUCUACGAAACUCGCUUUUGAAGCAACGGAAAAUGAAAUAAAAAAGAUGUAUGUACAUAAGUACUGUAGAGAAAGAUAUUAAAAAUUGAAUGAUUUCACUUUCCA